GUAAAAAUGUAUCUAAAGGUGCUAUAUUUUUGCAGUCCAAGUUUUUAUCACUUUAUGCUGAUUACACUGUGAAUUUCAACAUUUUCAAAAGUCUGGCUUUUAAUUUAAUAAAAAAAUUUAAUGAGUGUGGAAAAAGAAAAGUGUUCUUUCUUACUAGAUAUAAACAUUUUUUGGAUCAAAAUCAACAAUGCAAAUAUCUCUUAUUAGAAAAAGAUUCUGAAAAAGAGAUUAGAACACAUGAGGAAGAACUGCUAUUAAUUAGAAAAGGUGAAAAUCUGAUUAACCAGGGUAAUCAACUUAUCAAGUAGGGUGAGCGUAAAAUAAAAGAAGGGGAAUUACUGCUUUGUACUCAUGGAUCCAAUGUUAACAGUGUACCAUGCUGAGUACCUAAUUCAUCUGCAGUCAAUACAUCUUGUACACCAAAACCUAGAAAGUCUUUUAUUAAGCUUACAAACAGGAUGAAGCGUAAAAGAACAGAUAGUCUUAGAGAGCAAGAGGUGGAAGAACUGCAACAUGCUGUCAAAAGGUUCAAAUCUAAUUCUUCUACUGAUGGUAGGGCUAUUUUAUAUGGUUCAAAUUUGUCAUUGCAAGCUCUUUGUAAUUUGAAACUUACAGAUAGAACAUGGACUGAAUUUAAAAAUAUAGUGACUCAUAAUUGUCAUCUUGUUUCUCCAGGUUUAACCAAGUUGAAGCAAUACAAAAAAUUGACAUAUCCAGAACAGGUUGAAUAUUCUGAAACCGAAGUAAAAUGUUGUCUUUUCCAUAUGAUAAAGCAUUCAGUUUCUAGAGUGUUUGAAUAUCUUUUGGAUUAUGAAAGUAACUGCAUAAUGAGUUUAUCACAAGAAGAGUGUGAUAAUAUACAAAUUAUUUGCAAAGUAGGAGGUGAUGGUCAAAGUGAUCAAUCUGAGUUUCAAAAUUCAGCAACUAUGAAAAGAGGUGUAGAUGAUCGUUCUGUGUAUAGUAUAGUGUUUGUACUGCUGGAGAUCCGAAGUGGAGAAAAAAUAAUAUGGAAAAAUUUAAUUCCAUAGUCCAGAUGCAACCCGUCAUCUUCUUUUUUGUUUUGCAAAAGAGA